GGCGGUAGCGAGUCGCCGAGUCAGCAGCCAGAAUUAAACACGCGAAGAAGAACACAUGCACGGAAAUCCUUGUAGCAUCACAUUUGAUCCCGUUACGCUUUCCUUAAACAAAUAACACCGGCAUUUUUCGUCGAUAUCUUCCACCGUGUCGCCUUAGUGGAGCUUCACCCGCAGAUUUAUAAACAAAACUCCUGCGUAGUCCGAGAGUCGUUAUGGCUUCCAGGAAGCGAGGCCUCCCCGAAGAUAACGGGGAGCUGGACGGACCGUCGCCCGCUAGCAAGCACGUCAAGCCCGUUGACGGGAGACAUGUAGCCGCCUUGAUUCUGGCGAGAGGAGGAAGCAAAGGGAUUCCUCUGAAAAACAUCAAAAUGUUGGCCGGGGUGCCUCUUAUCGGAUGGGUGCUGCGGGCUGCUCUGGACUCCGAGUGCUUUGACAGUGUGUGGGUGUCGACAGACCACGAUGAAAUCGAGAAGGUGGCUAAAGCGUGGGGCGCCAGGGUGCACCGCAGGACUCCCGAAGUCUCCAGAGACUCUUCGACGUCGUUGGAAACCAUCCAGGAGUUCAUCAGGCUCAACCCAGUGGUGGAUAUCGUGUGUAACAUCCAGGCUACGUCCCCGUGUCUCCACCCGCGCCACGUGAAGGAGGCCCUGGACAUGAUCAAGAAGCAGAACUUCGACUCGGUGUUCUCGGUGGUCAGGAGACACCAGUUCCGCUGGCAGGAGGUUAAGAAAGGAUCUGGUGAGCCAACAAAGCCGUUAAAUCUGGACCCAUCCAACCGGCCGCGGCGCCAGGACUGGGACGGAGAGCUGUGUGAGAACGGCUCCUUUUACAUCACCAGGAGGGAGCUGAUCGAGAAGGGAGUCCUGCAGGGCGGUAACAAGAUCAGCUACUACGAGAUGCUGCCAGAGUACAGCGUGGACAUCGACGUGGAUAUCGACUGGCCUGUGGCGGAGCAGAGAGUCCUCAGGUAUGGCUACUUCGGCCGGGAGACGCCAGAGGUAGUCCGCCUGACGUUCUGUAAGGUUUCCGGGUGUCUGACAGAAGGACGGAUCUUUAUGUCCAAGUCCGGAGAGGAGAUGUUGUCCAUCAACACCAGGGACACCACGGGCAUCCGCAUGCUGCAGAAAGAAGACGUGGAGGUGGUGCUGUUGACCUGCAGCGAGGACCCCGUGGCCCAGUCGAUGGCUGACCAGCUGAAGAAGAGGACGGGCUGCGACGUGAUCGAUGUGGGGGAGGAGCCGCUGGAUGUUUUGAGGCCGAUGGUGGAGAAGAAGAAGCUGCAGUGGAAGGACGUGGCGUACAUGGGUAACGACAAACCAGAUGUGAACUGCCUGAACAUGGCGGGUUUGAGCGCGGUGCCCGGAGACGCUCCCGUGGUCGCCAUCAACGCCGCCAAAUACACCUGCCACAACAUCGGGGGGAAGGGAGCCAUGAGGGAGUUCGCCGAACACAUCCUGCUGCAGAAACAGAAGGCGAAGUCGCAGAUGAAGCAGGACCGCAUCGACAUCAGCAGCUUCUGACGUGACACGCAGUAAAUCUGCGAGGGGAGUUCUGAGAAAAAUGGAACGCCAAGUAUUUAAAUUAAGAAUAAGAAUUUAAAGCAGAAUUUAAAUAAUUCACUUUGAAUAAGAUAAGAAGUUUUUCCGUGGGUAACUUUUCUUGAAAUAUCAGAUCAUUUCACAUGUUUCUCACUAAUUUUAAGAGGGGAGAAGGAAUGUGAGCAAUGCUGAUUUAUUGCAGCACUCGCCUCGAGGCAGAAUUCUCCUCGUCAGCUGGAGAUGAGCGUAAAGACACAAAAUGUUUGGAACAGAAUGCAAAGAACAGAAUGACACUACAACUGACAAAAAAACAGCAAAAUAUCUUGAGCAUGGAGUGAUUACUGAAGCAAUAUGUGGUUUGAAUAUUGAGAUUUAUUAUUUUUAUAGACUUAAGUUCCAAAACAUAAAACCCUUUUAUUUGUUUUUUGUUUUUAAAGGAAGUAAAACCAAAUUGUUCCCCCGAAUCCCAAAACAUGUUAAUAACAUUAGAGAUGUUGCUUUUUACCAGUUUAAAUGCCUUGAUAUUUUUUUUUUUUAUAUAAACCAAAAUGUAACAUGUUCAGUGUCCAAAAAAUGUGUUUGCACAUCUUUGUUUAACGUUCCUCACGUGUCCUUAAAUCAAGAGUUUGAUAUUUUGGGAGACGUCGCUUUCUUGCAAAGAAUAUUAAGGAAAGUCGAUACCACGUCUGUGUCUGUGCACUUGAUAUGAAGCUGCAGCCAGCAGCCAGUUAGUUUAGCUUAGCAUGAAAUCAGGUCAUUUAGACAUUAUUUAAAAACAGCAAACAUUGUUAAUCAUGAUCUUAACUAAUUUUAUGAACAAACCUGGAAUCCGAAUGAAACUGCUCACGUGGCUUUGUCCAAAUGUACUUAAAUCCACCUGAGCAGCACUUUUAAAACUCGCUAAUUUACUAACACAUCGUGUUUGUUUAAUCUUCACGACAACUGAAAGUAGAAAACCGUGGUUUUACAGAAAGGUUUGCACUGAACUGUUUUAUCGCCCAGAGGACUAACUUCCUGUAAAACUGCGUCUUGUCGAGCUGAAGAGAUGCAGGUAGGGUUGGGAGGCUAGCUGUUUACACCCGUUUCAAGUCUUUAUGCUAAGCUAAGCUAACUGGCUAGAGCCUUUCAUCUGAUCUUUUCUAACAAAAGCAGAUAUAAAGUGUUUUGUUUGCUGCAGUCAUCCUCACGUGAUGCACCUGAAAGCAGCAUUAUGCUAACUCUUUCUGACUGUGCCUGAUGCUGCAUGCUCACCUCCUGUUUCUAAACGGGAAGGAUUAAUGAUUUUUAGUUUGAAGCUGCUGUUUGUCAGGAGAUUUUAUUUAAAGAUGAUUUUCAGGUAAAGGGUGGGUCUGCUCUGUUUAAUAUCGUACAGCACUGUAAUACUCUGUGUCCUGUCGUCUACUUCUGUCUUCCACCCUCCUCAGAGAUGACUCAUUGUUUGGUUGUUUGGAAUGUUUACGUGUCAUUUGGCUCAUUAAUGUGAUUUUAUUUCUCUCUUUUUUUGUAUUUAAUAAUUGUGUAUGAAGAGGUUUUCAAAUGUGAAUAAUUUUCAAUGAAAUUAGUGAUUGAAGUUUACUGAAA